CCCCCCCCCCCCCCCCCCCCCCCCCCCCCCCCCCCCCCCCCCCCCCCCCCCCCCCCCCCCCCCCCCCCCCCCCCCCCCCCCCCCCCCCCCCCCCCCCCCCCCCCCCCCCCCCCCCCCCCCCCCCCCCCCCCCCCCCCCCCCCCCCCCCCCCCCCCCCCCCCCCCCCCCCCCCCCCCCCCCCCCCCCCCCCCCCCCCCCCCCCCCCCCCCCCCCCCCCCCCCCCCCCCCCCCCCCCCCCCCCCCCCCCCCCCCCCCCCCCCCCCCCCCCCCCCCCCCCCCCCCCCCCCCCCCCCCCCCCCCCCCCCCCCCCCCCCCCCCCCCCCCCCCCCCCCCCCCCCCCCCCCCCCCCCCCCCCCCCCCCCCCCCCCCCCCCCCCCCCCCCCCCCCCCCCCCCCCCCCCCCCCCCCCCCCCCCCCCCCCCCCCCCCCCCCCCCCCCCCCCCCCCCCCCCCCCCCCCCCCCCCCCCCCCCCCCCCCCCCCCCCCCCCCCCCCCCCCCCCCCCCCCCCCCCCCCCCCCCCCCCCCCCCCCCCCCCCCCCCCCCCCCCCCCCCCCCCCCCCCCCCCCCCCCCCCCCCCCCCCCCCCCCCCCCCCCCCCCCCCCCCCCCCCCCCCCCCCCCCCCCCCCCCCCCCCCCCCCCCCCCCCCCCCCCCCCCCCCCCCCCCCCCCCCCCCCCCCCCCCCCCCCCCCCCCCCCCCCCCCCCCCCCCCCCCCCCCCCCCCCCCCCCCCCCCCCCCCCCCCCCCCCCCCCCCCCCCCCCCCCCCCCCCCCCCCCCCCCCCCCCCCCCCCCCCCCCCCCCCCCCCCCCCCCCCCCCCCCCCCCCCCCCCCCCCCCCCCCCCCCCCCCCCCCCCCCCCCCCCCCCCCCCCCCCCCCCCCCCCCCCCCCCCCCCCCCCCCCCCCCCCCCCCCCCCCCCCCCCCCCCCCCCCCCCCCCCCCCCCCCCCCCCCCCCCCCCCCCCCCCCCCCCCCCCCCCCCCCCCCCCCCCCCCCCCCCCCCCCCCCCCCCCCCCCCCCCCCCCCCCCCCCCCCCCCCCCCCCCCCCCCCCCCCCCCCCCCCCCCCCCCCCCCCCCCCCCCCCCCCCCCCCCCCCCCCCCCCCCCCCCCCACCCCCCCACCCCCCCCCCCCCCCCCCCCCCCCCCCCCCCCCCCCCCCCCCCCCCCCCCCCACCCCAGUCGCAGCCCCAGCCCAAAAUUCCCCGCGCAAUAUUUAGCGUUUGGCCAACGACCCCGUGGGGACCCCCAGCUCUCCUCUAGCCUGGGGCCCCCCAGAAGUAUGUCCCUCUCCCCAGAUUAA